AUGAGCUCGGCGAUUGUGGGCGCGGCAUCGGCGAUUGGAGGCGCGGUGACGGCGGCAACAAGCAACAGUUGGUUCAUCCCAAUGUUGAUGGCAGCGGUCGCCUAUUUUCAGUACGAAGAGAUCAUGGAUCCCGAAUCAAAGCCGAGCGAUGUGAGCAGCGAUGAUAUUCUCGAUCAUUACGAUUUCAUAGUGAUAGGGGCCGGUUCCGCGGGUGCUGUGGUUGCCAAUCGCCUAACCGAGGUGGAGAACUGGAAUGUGCUAUUGCUGGAGGCGGGCGGGGAUGAGACGGAGCUAACGGAUGUUCCCCUCAUGGCCGGGUAUCUACAGCUCUCGAAGAUCGAUUGGCAAUACAAGACAGAACCCUCAGGAACAGCGUGUCUGGCUAUGCAGGGAGGACGUUGCAAUUGGCCUAGGGGCAAGGUGUUAGGCGGUUCAAGUGUGUUGAAUUACAUGCUUUAUUUGAGAGGGUCGAAGCACGACUAUGACAACUGGGAGGCACUCGGCAAUCCCGGCUGGUCCUAUCGCGACGCCCUGUAUUAUUUCAAGAAGUCGGAGGACAAUACGAAUCCCUACCUGGCCAGCACUCCAUAUCACGCAACUGGGGGCUAUUUGACGGUGGGGGAGGCGCCUUAUCACACCCCCCUGGCAGCCAGCUUUGUGGAGGCGGGCGUUGAGAUGGGCUACGAUAAUCGGGACUUGAAUGGCGAGAAAAUGACGGGUUUUAUGAUUGCCCAGGGAACUACCAGACGUGGAUCACGUUGUUCCACAUCCAAGGCGUUCCUGAGACCAGCUCGACUUCGUCCCAAUUUGCACAUCUCGAUGAAUUCGCAUGUGACGCGCAUCAUGAUCGAUCCGAUCAGUAAGCUGGCUUUUGGCGUGGAAUUUGUCAAGGAUCAGAAACUGUAUCAUGUGCGUGCCACCAAGGAAGUAGUGCUAUCGGGUGGUUCGGUUAACAGUCCCCAGCUGUUGAUGCUGAGCGGAAUCGGACCGCGUAAACAGCUGGCCAAGCACCGCAUUCCCGUCAUCAAGGAGCUAAGCGUUGGGGAGAAUCUACAGGAUCACAUUGGUCUCGGCGGAUUGACGUUUCUAGUGAAUCAACCCGUUUCCAUUGUGGAGAAUCGUUUCCACACAAUGUCAACGGUACUGCAGUACGCGGUCUUUGGCCAGGGACCCCUCACCAUACUGGGAGGCGUCGAGGGUCUCGCCUAUGUGAAUACUAAGUAUGCGAAUAGCACGCUAGAUUGGCCGGACAUUGAGUUCCAUUUUGUGUCGGGAUCAACCAAUUCGGAUGGAGGAUCGCAGCUGCGUAAGGCACAUGGAUUAACGGAUGCCUUCUAUAGAUCGGUCUUUGAGCCGAUCAAUAAUCGUGAUGCUUGGAGCAUUAUUCCCAUGCUGUUGCGUCCCAGGAGUGUAGGAAGUAUUCGAUUGCGUAGCAGCAAUCCCUUUGAUUAUCCCUACAUCUUUCCCAACUAUCUGAGCGAUGAUUUCGACAUGAAGACCUUGAUCGAGGGCGUUAAGGUCGCCGUAGCUCUGUCUCGAACAAAGGCCAUGCAACGUUUUGGCUCGAGACUAUCAAGCAUACAUUGGCCGGGAUGCGAGCAGCUUCCUCCACUCACCGACGCCUAUUGGGAGUGCAUGAUCCGACGCUAUACAUCGACAAUCUAUCAUCCCGUUGGCACCUGCAAGAUGGCGCCCUAUUGGGACAAGGAUGCGGUCGUUGAUGCCAAACUUCGGGUCUACGGCAUUCGUGGACUUCGGGUGAUCGAUGCCAGCAUUAUGCCCAAAUUGGUAUCGGCCAAUACGAAUGCUCCCGUUAUUAUGAUCGCCGAGAAGGGCAGCGAUAUGAUCAAGGAAUUCUGGAUCAAGAACACUAUAGUCUGAUAAGGCCCGAUAACACCCGAACAUCAUGUUUAAGCGAGUGUGUGAGUGUAUGUGAAUCUGAAUGUAAAUGUGUAUGAGUGCCAGAGUGAGUGCCAGUGCCAGAGUGAGUGUGACUCUCUAGAUUUAAUGGGUGCACCUUCUUUAAGGUAUUCGUUCCCAACUUUUUUUUUUUUUGUUAUUCUUAAGCCAUCCCAAUGUAUUUAUUAAAACUUUAUGAAAAUGCAAACCAAGUGACCAUUAAAUGAGUAUUUCUUUUAAA